GUGAUCGCUUGAGUGAUGUUUGACAAAUUUGGUCAAGACUUGAAAUUAAAAUGGCACCAAUAUUUAUAUGCGUCAUUAGCAAGCUAUGGCAGUCUAUGCACUGGGAUGUCUAUGGGGUGGACAUCCCCAGUAUUCCCGCAGCUUGCUUCAAAUAACUCCCCCCUACCACGGGCGCCUACAUUACAGGAGGAAUCAUGGAUAGGGUCAUUGCUUGUUCUUGGAGGAUUACUUGGACCACUGAUAACAGUUCCAUUAUCAAAUCGCAUCGGUCGGAGGUUGAUCGUUAUGGGAUCGAACGUUCCUCUGCUGCUCGGUUGGUUGCUGGCUGGUGUGGCGACCAACCUGCCGACCUUAUACGCCGCCCGCAUCAUGUGGGGUUGCGCUACCGGCAUGCAAUUUGCCACUGUGCCCUUGUAUAUUGGGGAGAUAGCUGAGGACAAAAUCCGCGGAUCCCUCAGUGCCCUAUUUUUGCUCUUCAUCAACAUUGGCUUCCUCCUGGCAUAUGCUAUUGGUCCGUUUUCAACAUACUGGGGGCUCACGGCGACUGGCGGUAUACUGUCACUAUUCUACGUCCCCUUUACUUGGUUCAUACCAGAAACACCAUUCUUCUUGGUUUAUAAAGGUAAAAUUGAUGAAGCUUCGACUAUUUUACAAAAGUUGCGAGGUUUAUCUAAAGACGUCGUACAGUCUGAACUAGAUGGACUACAAGCAAUGGUAGCGAGAGAGUUCAGAGUGGAACCUAGCGUUAAAGACUUGUGGGCUACUAGAGGAAAUAUAAAGGCUUUAGGCAUUUGCGUGUUCUUAGCGAUGUUAUUACAACUGUCCGGGAUCGAUGUCCUUUUGUUUUAUAUGGAAGAACUUUUAGUGAAAGUUGGCACGCGGAUAUCUGCCUCAGAUGGAACUAUCAUUAUGGGUGUUGUUCAAGUAAUAACGAGUUGUAUAACACCCCUUGUAGUGGACCGACUAGGAAGAAAACUUCUGAUGUGGACGACGUCGCUGGGUCUCACUAUAUUUUUGGGUAUUAUAGGCAUCUACGCUUUACUAGAUUCACAUUUCAAAUACAACGUUGAAUCAUGGGCAUUCCUUCCACUUUUAUGCCUCAUUAUCUACAUGAUACUUUUUACUCUAGGUGUUGGUCCAGUACCAUGGAUCUUGGUCGCGGAGAUGUUCCCCGUAAGAACCAAAUGUCUUGCCAGCGGUAUCGCUUCCUUCAUGUGCUGGCUGGCUGGGUUCGUCUGGACCAGAUUCUUCCGUGAUGUGGCCGCGUCUUACGGUAUCUACACUGCUUUCUGGAUUCUCGCUAUCUGCUGUGGACUUGGCUUUAUAUUCUCCAUUAGUCCAUUGCUGCCAGAGACGAAAGGGAAAACUUUCGACGAAAUUCAGGAUAUGCUUAAUAACAGGACUAAAGAACCAAAACCAGAAGCUGUGUGAUGUAAAAAACACUCUUGAAAUGUUAGUGUAUAAGUUUUGUAUGACAAAUAAAACUGUUUUAAUUGUUAACCCAAA